AAUACCCCCCGCAACGAAUUUUCUAUCUCUACCCUUCUCAGUCUUUCUCUCUCUAGAUGAAUUAGGACCACGACGACGAACCGCUAAUGGCCGCGAUCAGACCGCUGCCACGGGUUUCGAGCUUCUCUUCUUCGGCCUUCUCUUUCCUCGACGGUAGGCUCGGAGAUGCCGGAGACCUUUCCCAGUCGCCGAGUCUUGUCUCCGAGUUGCGGACUGAGAUUUCCGAGUUGGAUCGCAGAUUGAUCGUGCUGAAUCGCCAGCUCGAAUCGGGUCUCUCUGCUUACGCUUCGUUUUCCGACGGUGUCCAUGGUCUCUUUGUCCGCGUCAAUGCCAAGUUGGCUGAUCUGUCUUCUUCUACCCGCGUUCCUGGCUCCGCAUCAGAUGAUGGCGAUGAAGUCCACACCACGGAGCACGUGGUCGGGGAGGAGCUUCCGGCAUUGGCGAAAGAGGUCGCGCAAGUGGAGACCGUGCGAGCUUAUGCUGAGACUGCGCUAAAGCUUGACACUUUCGUGGGUGAUAUUGAAGAUUCUGUGGCUUCUUCUUUGAACAAAAACCUGAUGAAAACUUCACAGUCAAGCAAUUUUCAAGAGGUGCGCCUACAUGCUAUCAAAACACUUAAAAAGACAGAAGAGGUUCUAAGCUCAGUCGCAAGGACACACCCUCGGUGGACAUGUCUUGUUUCAGCAGUUGAUCACCGAGUUGACAGAGCUUUGGCCAUGCUGAGACCCCAAGCAAUUGCUGAUUACAGGGCCUUGCUUACUUCUCUUGGAUGGCCUCCUCUGCUUUCUACUCCAACUUCAUCUAGUCUUGAUACAAGAAAGUCAAACGAUGUCCAAAAUCCACUUUUCACCAUGGAGGGGAACCUGAAAAGCCAAUACUAUGCAAAUUUUCAUGCCCUGUGCUCUCUGCAGGGAUUGCAGUUGCAAAGAAAACAACGGCAACUUGAGAGCUAUAAGGGGGAAAAUGCUCUUUUCCACCAGCCACUUUGGGCUAUUGAAGAGCUGGUCAACCCUUUGAUAGUUGCAUCUCAACGGCAUUUCACAAAGUGGAGUGAGAAGCCCGAAUUCAUUUUUGCUCUUGUGUACAAAAUCACAAGGGAUUUUGUGGACUCUAUGGACGAGGUAUUGCAACCACUUGUUGAUGAAGCAAAACUAGCAGGAUACAGUUGCCGAGAAGAGUGGGUUUCUGCCAUGGUGAGCUCGUUAAUUUUGUAUCUGGUGAAAGAUAUAUUCCCUGCCUAUGUAGGAAGACUAAACGAAGAGAAUGAAGCUGCUCUUAGGUCAGAGGCUAGGGUUUCAUGGCUCCAUCUCAUUGACUUAAUGAUCUCCUUUGAUAAGCGAGUUCAGUCUCUAGUAUCGCAGUCUGGAAUACUUACGCUUCAAGAAGACGGGAAUCUUCAGAGAAUUUCCUCUCUUUCUGUCUUCUGUGACAGACCUGAUUGGCUUGAUUUAUGGGCUGAGAUAGAGCUAGAUGACGCUCUCAAUAAGCUGAACCCGGAGAUUGAGAAGGAGAGGAAUUGGAUUGUGAAGGUUCAAGAGGAACUUGUCUCUUCGUCUAACGUGUAUAGGCCACCUAUUGUUUCCAGCAUUGUUCUUCAGCAUCUGUCAUCAAUAAUCGAACGAUGCAAAUCACUACCAGUCACGCAUUCAAGGGCAAGGUUUCUGAGACUGACAGGCUCGCCUAUAAUACAGAAGUUCCUGGAUUGCAUCGUUCUCAGAUGCCAAGAAGCUGAAGGACUAACUGCCUUAACGGAGGAUAAUGAUCUAAUAAAGGUCUCGAACUCUAUCAAUGCUGGUCACUACAUUGAGUCCGUCCUAAAAGAGUGGUGUGAGGAUGUAUUUUUUCUCGAAAUGGGAACCGAGGAGGAAGUACCCGACUUGGAGAAUAUUGGGGAUUCUUCGGUAGGUAUGUUUGGAGAAGAACUGAUGAAGCUGGAGAAAUUUAGGGUAGAGUGGCUAAAUAAGUUGUCUGUUGUUGUCCUGAGAGGAUUCGAUGCCCGUACACGAGACUACAUGAAAAACAGGAAGCAAUGGCAGGAGAAGAGAGACAAAGAAUGGACGGUGUCCAAGGCAUUAGUGGGAGCUCUAGACUAUUUGCAAGGCAAGAUGUCGGUAAUAGAGGGAAAUCUAAACAAGAUGGACUUUGUCAAGGUGUGGAGAAGUCUUGCCUCGGAGAUAGACCGGCACUUCUUCAGCAGCAUCCUGAUGGGGAAUGCCAAGUUCUCCGAUGGUGGAGUCGAAAGGUUCAAAGAGGAGAUGCAACUUCUGUGUGGAGUGUUCAGGGCAUGGUGCCUUAGACCUGAAGGCUUCUUCCCGAAACUAACGGAAGGCCUGACCCUGCUUAAGAUGGACGAGAAGCAACUGAAAGACAGUGUGAGCAGAGGCGGAAACCGGUUACCCGAGUGUGGAAUCAGACAUCUAACCGGGUUUGAAGCCGAGAAAGUCGCAAAGAGUAGAGUUUUCUCCUAGCGAAAUUAAGUUAGAGAGGAUGAUAAAGUGUUGGUGGAGAUGAUGAUCACGAAGAUGGUUGGUCAUUCUGACCAUUUUCUGGUUUUCGAGGAAUCGUCUGGCGAAGGUCGAUUUGGUGGAUUACACUCAGAGAGAGUAAGGAUUAGGUGAGUUAAUUUCAUUUAUUUUUGGAGGAUAAUAAGCAAUUUGUUAUUGAAAUUUGCCAUCAAAAUGGUCUAUCUCUCUCUAUAUGAUUCCUUCCCAUUUAGCAA